AUGGCCGACCAGAUAGGCCGCCACGGCUCCCUCAUGCUCAUGAAACGGACAGAGCCAAACACGGUGCUCACCGGGUUCGGCAUCGACACGGACGAGCUCACCUUCGGGUCCUCAAUCAACUGCGAUGUGCGACUCUACUUUGACGAUGUGGCCAGUCUGCACUGUAAGAUAGUGUUCCCGGAAAAGAAGGUGCGUGUCGUGCUUUCACGCGCGGGCGCGAUACGGCCGACGAUGACGAACAGUGGGAUGCAGCCGACGACGGUCGCGAUGCAGAAUAACUCGGAGAUCGUGGUGCAUGGGAAGCACUUCCGCUUUGCGUACCCGCCGAAGGAGAUGCGGCCGAUGCUGUAUGCGACGCCUCCGCGCGCCGACCGACGCGCUCUCCGCCUCUCAAUGAUCGAGUCCGCGCGCGUCUUCUCCCCGCGCCCCUCCCCCAUCCCCGCGGAAAACCUCCGCGUCCUCAAAUCGCCCAUCAAGCGCAACACUUCCCCGAAGAAA